AUGGCGGGCGAUAACACGGAGAUAGACUUGUAUGACAAUAUAGAUGAAGAUUUCGUCCAGGAAUGUACCGACCUCACAGAGCUUUAUGAUGAUGUUAUCACACCUAUUAAGUCUGAAAAUACUAACAUUGCUGCAUCUACUUUGCAGUCGCAUAAUUCAUCAAAUCAUUCUGGUCGUCGUGUGUCAGUUUAUGUGGGUAACUUGACAUGGUGGACAACGGACUUGGACUUACUUGAGGCCGCUGCUGGUAUCGGUAUUAACGAUGUCAUUGAAGUAAAGUUUCACGAAAAUCGUCAAAAUGGACAAUCCAAGGGUUUUUGUGUAAUGGUGUUUGGGUCCGAGCAAUCAAUGCGUAUAGCAAUGGACAAAUUCCCGAAAGUUGACCUUCACGGGCAAAACCCAGUUGUAACUAGUUUUACGAAGCAUAAUCUCAGUGUGUUUGAAAAAGCGGCGGGUGGUGACAAUCAGGCAACUGCCCGACCUCGUACAGAAGAGGUGCAGAAUGCCAAAGUAUCAACAGCAGGUACAACUGGUGUUCUUGGAAACCGUUUGCCAACUCCAUUAAUGGCAACACCUACAAUGCCCGCAUCACUUGGCUUUAGCGUGCGGAAUAAUAGUCCUUUAAUGGGACAGGUGGUGCCAAACAUUCGGAAUGCAGCAAAUUUGUCAUCGACUAUUCAACAAGCUCUCAUUAAUCACAACGUACAAUCUAAUUUAAAUGCCAACUCUAGCAUGGGCCAGUUACCUUUGAAUUUUCCCGGGUCAACUAACGUUCUUAUGCCUCCAAGUGGCAUCUCAAGCGCAGCCUUUUCAGCAAAUGCAGCAGGUCUUUUGCCUUCAAACUUCACUCUUCCCAGCACCAUCCCAACAUCUCUUUCAGCAACAAAUGCACACAUCAACCCCAGUUUCUUAACACACUCCUUACCAGGGAACACAUCCAUUUUACAAACACCAGUGCCACCUAGUGGGGUAAUGCAAAUGAACACCCAUAAUAAUGACUCAAAUGCACGUCCGCAAUUUGACCACUAUGGAAGACCAGUUAUCCACACAUAUACGCCGCCCGUUCCAGGUAAGCUCACAGAAUCAGAGUUCGAAGAUAUUUUGCAACGAAAUAAAACAGUGUCGUCGAGUGCAAUUAACAGAGCUGUUCAGGAUGCUGCAAGUGGUGAUUAUGCAAGUGCUAUCGAAACUUUAGUAACUGCAAUAUCGCUUAUCAAACAAUCGAAAAUAGCAAAUGAUGAUCGUUGUCGAAUACUAAUCAAUUCUCUUCAGGACACGUUGCAUGGGAUUGAGUCAAAAUCGUAUGGAACUAAAAGCAGUAGUCGCAGACGUCGUCGUUCGUACAGCGAUAGUGAUAGCGAUGUUGGCGAAGGUAACUACGGUAGUUCUGUCGUCGGGAGCAAUAGUACCAGUUCACGACGUCACAGAGACAGACCACAUAGGUCUCGAUCUCGUGAACGACAUGAUCGUCACGAACGUCGCAGACACUCGCGUGACAGAGGGUCCGGCGGUGGCAGUGCCUACUACGGUAUGGGAUCAAAUCUAUCACUUUCUAGUGGUUCAGGUUUAUCUGGAGUCCAACUAGUGGAUGGUUCUGGACAGGCGUGUACUGGCAACCUCGGAGGUGGAGCUGACCGUUAUCGUGACAGCAGAUACAGACAUUAGUUCUUGUUUUAUUCUCCACUGUUCAGAUAUAUCGGUCGUCAAUUUGAUGACUUAUGUAGCUGUACUUUGUGUUUCCUAAUUAAUUUUUCAGUCUGUCAUUUUAUCUCCCAAAUCAUCUGGUUGUACAGUUUGGUCAUAUUUCGCUAGUGAUUAACUGACUUCAUUACUACUAGCUUUAAAUGCUAGUUAUUUUCCGUUAUACUGGUAACAUGGAGCUCGAAAGUAUAACAGGCAUAUAUAAAUAAACAUAGAAGUCGUUUCACACAUGUCCUAUAAUAUUGUUUUUAUCUAAAAUAUAUCAUUCAAUCUAAUUAUCUGCCUUCUACUUGAUGAAUUAUCGAUUGUUGUUAUUGUUGUAAUAGUAAAUCGUGGAAACACUCACCACCAUCUUCUGAAAGUGUAGGUUUUCCG